UGUCCAGCCGGCUGGGUGCUGAAUCGCCCCUCCCCCACCCCCAGCCGCCCCUACACCGGGACCCUCCCCCCGCAGGAGCCGCUGGGGCAGGGGGCGCAGCGGAGCCAGGAUGAGUGGGGGGGUCUAUGGAGGAGAUGAGGUGGGGGCGCUCGUCUUUGACAUCGGCUCGUUCUCAGUCCGAGCUGGCUACGCCGGAGAAGACUGCCCCAAGGCGGAUUUCCCCACCACGGUGGGGCUGCUGGCCCCCGAGGAGGCGGCGCUGGAGCUGGACGGGGACAAGGAGAAGAAGCCGGGGAAGGUUUAUUACAUCGACACCAACUCGCUGCACGUCCCACGGGAGAACACGGACGUCCUGUCGCCCCUCAAGAACGGCAUGAUCGAGGACUGGGACUGUUUCCAGGCCAUCCUGGACCACACCUACGGGAAACACGUCAAGUCGGAGCCCGGCCUGCACCCUGUGCUCAUGUCCGAGGCGCCGUGGAACACCCGGGCCAAGCGGGAGAAGCUGACCGAGCUGAUGUUCGAGCAUUACGCCAUCCCGGCCUUCUUCCUCUGCAAGACCGCCGUCCUCACCGCCUUUGCCAACGGCCGCAGCACGGGGCUGGUGCUCGACAGCGGGGCCACCCACACCACGGCCAUCCCCGUGCACGACGGCUACAUCCUGCAGCAAGGGAUCGUGAAGUCGCCGCUGGCCGGGGAUUUCAUCUCCAUGCAGUGCCGGGAGCUCUUCCAGGAGAUGAACAUCGAGAUCGUGCCCCCCUACAUGAUCGCUGCCAAGGUGCGGUGUGGGGGGGGGGCCCCCCCCAACUGGAAGAAGAAGGAAAGCUGCCCCAGGUCCUCCAAAUCCUGGCACAACUACACCUGCAAUGAGGUGAUCCAGGAUUUCCAGGCCUCGGUUCUACAGGUCUCCGACUCGCCCUAUGACGAGCAGGUGGCCGCCCAGAUGCCCACGGUGCACUACGAGAUGCCCAACGGCUACAACACGGACUAUGGGGCUGAGCGGCUGCGCAUCCCCGAGGGGCUGUUUCGACCCCUCCAACUGGCCUUUCCGGGAAACACCAUGCUGGGCGUCGGCCACGUGGUGACCACCAGUAUCGGCAUGUGUGAUAUCGACAUCAGGCGGUGCGGUCUCUACGGCAGCGUCAUUGUGACCGGGGGCAACACCCUGCUCCAGGGCUUCACGGACCGGCUGAACCGCGAGCUGUCGCAGAAAACAACCGCCCCAAGGGUGGGGCUGGAGCCAGACUCCUGGUCCCUAUCCCUGGUCUCUUCUUCCCAGGGCACCUCCCAGCAGAUGUGGAUCUCCAAGCAGGAGUACGAGGAGGGCGGGAAGCAGUGCGUGGAGCGGAAGUGCCCCUGA